UCAAGGAACUUAAGGCGCGUCAAAUCACUGUCAGCCAUGCGCGGCUGUGAAGAAAGGUGUCCUACAACCGCGCUCUCAUUAUCUGCGGACAGGAGGGAACUUUCCAUGUGCUGCUACUGUUUGGCUUGAGAAACUCAAGUUGGAAUUACUUUUAAAGGCAAAGAAAGUUCGUUUUUGCUCUAAGUGUUUCAGUUGCCACUGAAAUAUGUCAAUACGCGGUAACGCCUAGAUUGUGUCGAAGUGCAGCCGCCCUGGGAACGUGUGGCGUGAUUUGAGCUGAUGUGCUGCGUUUCCGAAGUCCACGUCGCACCUGUGUUGUGUGCCAAGCGCUGUGUCUGUAGAAGACCCGAAACUUCCCAACGGAUAUCUCUAAGGCUAUUUCAAAAGGUUCUUCUUUCAAACGGUGCUGAUGACUUUUGCCAAAAGUGACUUUGAGUCUCUCUGUCUGUUGCCUCUGUGCCUGUUCACGCCGUUAACGUGAACGCCACCCGUGGCGGCGAGUUUGGGCUGAGCGCAGCGAUGCGUUGUCUGCAGCUGCCAGGAGCUCCUGUGAUUCUGCGGCUGCUGCUUCUGCUUGUGCACGUACGUUUAAGCGCAUUAGCAAAGAGGCACGUUGUCUACUGGAACUCUUCAAAUACACGACUAACGAGUGAUGACUACACGGUCCAGGUGAAGCUGAAUGACUACUUAGACAUCCUGUGUCCCCACUACCCACCUGAUUCGCCACUGUCCGGCCCCCCGGAGACGCUGGCUCUGUAUCUAGUAGCUGAGGCUCAGUUCCGCGGUUGCCAGGAGACGGAGGGCGCCAUAAAGAGAUGGGAGUGCAAAGACCCGCAAGCCCUCUACGGCCCCAUCAGGUUCACGGAGAAGAUCCAGCGCUUCACGCCAUUCUCGCUAGGCACGGAGUUUCUGCCCGGACACCACUACUACUACAGCUCGCUGUCCACAGAUGAUGGAUCCCCCCUUCCUUGUAUGAAGUUGAAAGUCACUGUGUGCUGUCAGUCCACGACUGCUGCAGUAGAGCGGGGGAAAGAUUCUUUUACAGGAGUCCCAGCUCCGCGAGGUCCCGCCUGUCCCCAAGCAAGCUGUCCCCUCCUCGUCCUCGUCUCCUCCUCUCUGUUUCUCCUCACACGAUAACACAAUGACCCCCUCAGCUAAUAACCAAUAGAUCUGCCUUCCCCACAUCUGAAAGUAUGCACACGUACAUGAGGCUCCAGGACCGUUAUCUCCUGUACGGGGCUGUGCACACAUAUGUAAAUAGACACACAUGCACACACACACCCUUUCACACACUCCUUCGUUCACUCCUCUCACUCUGUCAUUUUUGGAGUGGCACUAAUCUCUCUCCCUCCAUUUCCUCCCUCCGUCCACAGACUCCCCUCCCCACAAUUCUCUGCUCGGGCAGAAGUUCAUUCUGUAACAGACCGACACUAAUCUUCCUUCAAAGAGCUGUUCUUACUGUUUUCUUUCUUUUAAUCCUCCCAUCCUUAAAAAUCAGACAUUCCUUUGCCCCCCCCCCCCCCCCCCCC